AUGUUACCAGAUACAGUGGGACUCAGACUCAUCAGCAGCAUCAACCAGUCAAGUGUUUCUGAGUUCGUUCUCCUGGGAUUUUCCAGUCAGCCCGAGCAGCAGCAGCUCUUCUUCCUGCUCUUCCUCAUCAUGUACCUGGCCUCUGUCCUGGGAAACUUACUUAUCAUGCUGGCCAUCAGUACAGACUCCCGCCUGCACACCCCCAUGUACUUCUUCCUCAGCACCCUGUCAUUUGUGGAUGUCUGCUUCAUCUCCACCACUGUCCCCAAAGUACUGGCUAUAUACAUACUUGGGAACCAGACCAUUUCUUUUUCUGGGUGUCUCACACAGCUGUAUUUUCUCUGUGUGUCUGCUGACAUGGACCAUUUCUUGCUGGCUGUGAUGGCCUAUGACCGAUAUGUGGCCAUAUGCCACCCUUUAGACUACACAACAAAGAUGAACCAUCAGUUCUGUACACUUCUUGUUUUGGGGUCAUGGGUGGUAGCCAACCUGAAUUGUCUGUUGCACAUACUACUCAUAGCUCGACUCUCCUUCUGUGGGAACAACAUCAUCCACCACUUCUUCUGUGAUGCGACUACCCUCAUGAAACUCUCCUGCUCAGAUACACAUCUCAAUAAGCUGAUGAUUCAUACAGAGGGAUCUGUGGUCAUGGUUGCCCCAUUUGUCUGUAUCCUGGUCUCCUACAUCUACAUCACCUAUACAGUCCUGAGAGUCUCAUCCCCUAGGGGAGGAGGGAAAGCCUUCUCCACCUGUGGCUCACACCUGGCUGUGGUCUGCCUCUUCUAUGGCACCAUCAUCGCUGAGUAUUUUAAUGCUUCUUCUUCUCACUCAGAUGUGAGGGACAUGGUAGGUGCCAUGAUGUACACAGUGGUGACCCCAAUGCUGAACCCUUUCAUCUAUAGCCUUAGGAACAGGGACAUGAAAUGGGCGUUAAGGAAAAUACUUACCAUGAGAUUUCUAUCUAAGCAGUAA